AUGCUCACUCAAAUGGAUCUCAUCUCCUUAUUCCUCCACCAGUCCUCCCAUCUUCAACCUAUCCUCUCCCGCACCGUCACUGAUCUCUCCGUUUUGGCUCUCACUAGCCAGGCCAGAGUAAUGGAUGCAAUACAAUGCAUGAGUAUGGCGAUGCUCAAUGCGAUCCCAAGAACGCCAUUUUUCCCCCAAGGCCAAGAGAGGGAGCUGGUGACAUGUCACGUGACAACCAGCUUGGCCCAAGUGAUCCAGAUGGUCACCGCGAAACGUGUACACAGGGUUUGGGUCGUGGACCAGAACAAUGUCCUACAAGGCCUCGUUUCCCUUACUGAUAUUAUCGCCGCUGUCCGAUCCGCUUUGAUCUCCCCUGCUCAUUAUCUCUAA